GAAGAAACUGCCUAUUUUACCCUUUCUUUCUCUACUGCCCACUCGCACGCUGAUUGGAGCUAGAACUGAAACCGUGUUGAAAAGAAUACGAAAAGACAGGAGAGAGAGAAAGGCACGAAGCGCGAAGAGCUUAAGAAGACUUUUAGGUUUAACUUGUUGAAAUCGAAAGCGCGGAGGAGUGGAAACCGAAGGCGACGGGAAGGUCGACGGAGGUUGCGGGAUAGAUAUCGGCUCCGUCUAAGGGUUGCUGAAGGAACAUUGUGCUCUCAACUGGUUUCGAGUUCAGAAUCGGAGAUAGACAGAGGAGGAGACCUAGCGUUACAGUCAGAUCUGGAUCUCGCCGAACAACAACGGAACCGGAUCAAAUAAAAGAUUUUCUGCGAAAAAAGGAUGGAAGAGUUAAAAUUACCGGAAAGACUGUUUCACACAGGUUUUGAACCGAGUGGGCGCAAGCGAAUUAACAGCUAUUUCAACUUGAGAUGGAUCGAGGUGAUUAACCAAUGCAUAUCCACAGAGCAGAAGGAGAUGUUGGCUGACUCACAGUUCCGCCAAAUACUUCAUAUGAGACAGCAUACAUUCUCCGUUAUGUUCGUCCACCAGCUUCUAUGCAGGCAGUUGGUAACGCGCAAACUAUACGAACUGUGGUGGACGUUUGCAGGGAAGCCCAUCCGUUUUGGAAUAGGAGAGUAUGCAUUAGUCACAGGGCUUAAUUGUUACAAGGCUACUAACAACACAUGCCUUGGAAACUCAAUGGGGGUACACCGAAAGAAGAAGGGCAAAUGUGUCCCAUGUGAUGGAGCGGUUUGGAGAUCCUUGUUCGGAAGCGAGGAUAAGAUUACCCCUGAGUGGAUUAUAAACCGUCUUGCUAUGGGUGAGAAAUACAAAGACGCUGACACGCGGUUGCGUCUUGCAUUGUUGCUUUUGGUGGAAGGCAUUCUCUGCCCGACAUGUAUGGCAACCCCGGUGAGACCGGAGGUUGUGGAGUUGGUCGGGGACAUUGACGCGUUUCUUAAAUACCCAUGGGGUCGAGAAUCGUUUAUAUUAACAGUUCGUAGCGUGAAGGCUCGGACGCCUGCGCAGUAUACGAACGACACGACCGCAGUUCAGGGGUUUGCCCAUGCCAUUAUCCUUGUUACUGCUUGCUGCUGCCCACAGAUUGUAGCUGAACCUGGAGGGGACUCUGAACUUGGGGAUGAAGAGCUAACUAUUGAAGAGAUUGUCAAAGGAGUGUGUGGUAGCAGUUUAAAAAUCAAUGUUGUUACCACCAAAAAUUUGGAAUUAACUGGCCAGGUAUCGUUAGCACUACCCUCAUGUUAUGUUGCUGUGUUACAUUUUUUUUUUAACUGCUGACCCACUUUAAAAUGUGCAGGCAUCAGUGCGGUCUAUACUGUGUCCAGACCAUGACAUAGAACGGUUUGACGAUGAAGUUGACGAUUUAUCUGUCUCUCAAAUGGUCUCACUUAUCAAGGAGGACUUCCCCUUCGAGAUUAACAGUUGGCUUGGGGGUGUUAAGGCAAACGAAGCUAAGAAACCUAAGUAUCCCUUGGAAGACUGUUUGGACGGACCGACCUUCCCACCAGCCGGGAGUCAACCAACCAUUGCGCCUAGUGGUGAUGGUGGUGGCUCUACAAUGGGUGUUGAAGAUUGUUUGGACGGACCGCGUGGAAGUCAACCAACCCAUGCGCCUAGUGGUGAUGGUGGUAGUGGUGGUUCUACAAUGGAUGUUGAAAGCCUCCUACGACUUGCGACGGAUGCUUUUGAGGAACGUGCUGUGUCAAUGUUUGCAGGAUAUACCCUAAGUGUUAAAGACCAUUUUGACCAAGUGACUUCCUCUCUCAAGGAAUUGGUUGGGGCCGAGUUAGCCGAACUUAAGAGGAUGCUUCGACAUGACAAUGCGGAUGGCGCCAUUACAACAUCUACUGCGCCUUCCGCAGCAAAGCCUAAUGAUGGAAGGAUUAGUGAAGGUGGUCCCACAAAUGGUACAAGGCAUACGGAGGAAACACAAGAUGGUAGUCCAAAUGGGGAUUCUGCUCGGCAAGAAUUGUGUGUGCCUCCUACAGCAAGUGGAGAGAGGUCACCAGAGAAACCUGUCAACAAUGUGCUAUCAUUGGAUGCUAGGCCUGAAGCACCAAUCAUCCAUAGUAGUGAUCCUUGCUCCCCGGAUGUCCAACAGAUCAUAGCUUCAUCUCAUUUGCUUAAUGAUGAUGUUCUUAGGGACAUUGAGGACUCAACUUCUUUUUCGCUGAAUGAAGUCUCUACUGAACUUCCAAUGUUUAAAGAUCCAGGCAGGUUUGUUCUAACUUCUGUCGAGAAGGCACUCACGGGUGCUAGUGAGAGAGGGGAGUUGAGUUUAGCAGAGCCUAUAGUUAAGACUUUGGUUCCCCUUUUGGAGGAGCUGGCACGUGUUGCACCCUCUACUGAUCCUGGUCUACAGCAUGAUGCAACAAGAGUAGCACUUCAAUGGGCUAGGAUGAUGGGAAGUAGCGUUGAAAAGUCGCAGCUCGAGGCUUGGGCUUUUCUGCAGUUCAUCGUGGCGUUUGGACUGGUGAAACUAACUACACCAGAUCAAAAUUUACAGCUUGCCUCGCGUGUUGCUCACUUCAAACAUGCUCCAAAACUCUUUGAAUCUCUUGGUCUCACUCAUGCCAUCCCAAAUUUUGUCACAGAGCUACUAAACAAAGCCAUGCAUAUUCCUGCAAUCAGGUUUAUGCUUUACUUCAAGGUGGAGAACAACUCUUCUCCACUGGAGUUCUUGAAGGAACAGAUCAUCAAUCUCAGACUCUCAGCCAAGGAAAAUAGAAGAUAUGAAUCACAGGCUGAUGCUGCUACAAUGAGGGACAUAAUGGAACUCAUUGAAGACUUCAAGCUUGAAAUUGACAUUCCUGUGGAUCUUAUCUUCAAAUUUAUGGUUCCUAGAGAAAUUCAAAACCUUCCAGUUCAAUCACCUUCAGACACAGUCUUUCAAAGCUCAUGCAUUGCCACUGAUGGCUCAAACCCUAGCCUUCCAACAAGCUUUGAUGCGGCACCAGAUCAACCGUUAGAAACGUAUCAAGCUGGUGGUUCAACUGAGUUCCAAGGUCAAUCUUCACAUCAAGCUGGUUCUAAACGUCCAAGGGUGGUGGAGGAUCCUGAGGGUUCUAGGCCGGUGAUUAGACCUUGCUUCAAUCGACCACCAGGCUUUGGCAGAUUCUAGUGCUCUCUGUAUCAAGUUUAAGCUAUAAAGCUAGCUAGAACGAUCUUUUGUUUUUUAGGCUUGAUAGGUUUCAGCUAUUGGUUAGUAGUAGCUCCAUGGUUUCUCUCUUAAUGGAAUUUGAUGAAUCCACUACAAUACACUUGUUUUUUGUUAUGGAAUUUGGGAGGCAGUUAAGAUCUUGAAUUUUAAUUAUUAAAAUGCAACAAAAGCUCUUUCGAAAAGUUGUGUAUUACAUUGAUGUCGUCUCCUUCAUAUUAUUAUGAUCUGUAAACUUUUUGAAACAUAAAUCUCAG